AGAUAAUGCAUUGGGAGGGAAACAAGUUGGCUGACUUUUAAAAAUCGUUUUCAUAUUUACGUAUUUACGUUCCUUGUCACAUAAUCGUCAGCAUAUUUUAACCGUCAGCCUCACCGGUCAUCGGACAAGAAAAAAGCUCACGGAAAUCGCGCGCGCAUCGUAGAAGCGGCGCAGCCUCCAGUUGUUUAACUAUUGUGCGGAUUGGUGCGGAUAUCGGACGGAGUAUCAGCUUUAUUAUAUUCGAAGAAAGAAGCGCAAAGCAGCCGUGAGUAAUAUCUUAGGAAAACGGAUCGUUGGAUGUUGCUGCUUGAAUCAUGAGACGAGCCGAGUCUCGACGGUUACACAAGUAAUGCACUCAUUGUUGCGACAAGCUGUUGUCGUGUAAGGAUAUACGCUUGGCGGCUCCUCGAGAUACCCGCCUCUUCGAGGUUAGACAUUGGGCUUUUGGUUGGCUUUGUUGACGCUACACCGCGGCAAGAUGACGCGACGACGACGAUAACAACGUCGCCGCGAAUCACUUUGUGAACUCCUGAUGUUUGUGGUUAGGAUGCUAUUGUUAUCUCAUAAUUUGGCAGAACUUGUACUGUGAUGCUAUAGUAGCUUCUCCAAAGCUACCCAACUUCCUUGAACCAACUGUUUUCAGACAGAGUGUAAAGUGGCUAGCGAACGAUGAGUCGGGAUGAGUCUCGACGCUCCAAACGUUGUAGAGCUGACCGGGACUACGAGAUGGGUCCAGCUACAGGUAUUAUGGUGAAUGAUUAUGACGAUGAACGCACUUUAGACGAAGAGGAAGCCUUAGAAGGUAGCGAGGACACUCACAAUGAACUGUCGCAUCUUCAGAAGGAAAGUGAUAUGCCAUUGAAAGAUCUCCUUGUAAUGUAUGGCUACGGUGACAUGUCUUGUCAGGAUCCAAACAAGGCUGAGGAUGAGGAUGAAGAUGAAGAGGAAGAAGACGAGGAGGAAGAAGAUGAUGAAGACGAGGAUGACGACGAUCCAGCUAGUUAUGAACCUGAUCUCAAACAGUUCUAUACUGAAAUGGUGAAAGGAGAGGAAAAUUGUGCAAAUGUUAAGAGAUUGUCAUCUAUGAAAGCUGGCGAUCCUACUAGAAGCAGUGAAUCUGCUACUCUCACACUCAGCAUCAAUGCACACACCGCCGCAGCAAGCGUGGACUCGAAGAUUGAGGACGGUGCGGAUGUGUCCGGGUCGACCGUCGCCGAUGGCCAGAUCGUGGCUGCGGACGUUGCCUCCGUCGUGGACAGCGCCAACGAUACCCCGGGCGCGACUGUCGAUGACAACCCUGGUGUUAUCGGCGGUGUUGUCGUCGGGGGUGGCGGCGGUGGCGGUGGCGGUGGUGGCGGUUCCUCCCGGCUGCUGCGCAGUGUUUCACGGCCCCAGAGCGAGGAGGAAGAGGACGAUUGCGACUACAGUCCAGACGAGGAAGAGUGGAAAAAGACGAUUAUGGUUGGGAGCGACUACCAGGCGGCGAUACCCGAGGGUCUCUGCAAGUACGACGAUGCGUUGCCGUACGAAAACGAAGACAAGAUGCUGUGGGAUCCUUGCCACAUGAAUGAGGACGAGGUCGAGGAGUUUCUCGAUAGGGCGCAGCUGCCGGUGGUGAAGGGCACAUCGUUGCCGAGCGGCAUUCACGUAAGGGACGACGAGCAGGCGCUCUACCUCCUGUUGCAGUGCGGUUACAACCUCGAGGAGGCGCUUAGGAGGCGUAGGAUGAACGCCCUGCCGGCCACCGAGUCGGUCAGCCUCUGGUCCGAGGAGGAGUGCCAUAACUUCGAGACCGGCCUGAGGAACUAUGGCAAGGACUUUCACCUCAUUCAAAAAAAUAAGGUGAGAACGAGGUCUGUUGGUGAACUCGUGCAGUUUUAUUACUUGUGGAAGAAGACUGAAAGGCAUGAUAUAUUCACUUACAAGGCUCGCCUGGAAAAGAAGAAGUAUGCACUUCAUCCUGGCAUAACCGAUUAUAUGGACCGAUUUCUGGAGGAGCAAGAAGGUGUACGUGACCGCAGCAGUUCGCCCAACGUUCAUUGUCUACUGUACGGUGACGCGAAACGGCAGAGGACCAGCGCGAACUCUGCGAGCAACGAGGAUCAGCAGCCACAAGUCCAGACUCAGGUGCAGCAGCAGCAGCAGCCCAAAUCGACCCUCGAUAACUGGGACGGGGCUGGGGUGAACGCGACGAGCGCCUCCACGUUGCCGGUUACGACAACAGCCGAGGCUCCAACGUCCACUUCGGUAAACAGCGGAACCAUGGACUCCCUAGCCGUAGAACACCCCCACAAUGCAUCCUCUCCGCUCGAGAUUGGCCUUGGCCUCGAAACGGGCGCAAGCGCGAUCGCUAGCAGCAACGCUGUUACAGUCACCCCUUCAUUGCCAUCAUCCUCAUCGUCAUCUGCGACUGCAGCGGUAGCAGCGGUGGCGGCGGCAGCGGUAGUGGCACAACAGCACCAGCACCAGCACCAACAAGAAAUGAGCUUGGUUUUUAAAGGAUUGUUCAAGAAUGCUAAAUAG